AUGUUAGACAGGACGCGAGUGGCGCUCAAGAGGGCAGGAAUAUCCUAUGUUCGAAUCGAUGGCGAUGUGAAACCCACUCAGCGUUCAAACAUCCUUCAAGAAUUCCCAGACGGGAGCGACACAAAUGUUCUGCCUCUUACUCUAUCAUGCGGUGCUAUCGGGUUCACUUUGACAUCAGCAUCGCGUGCAUAUUGCAUGGAGCCACCAUGGAACCCGUCUAUAGAGGAGCAAGCUUUCUCAAGGAUACACAGGAUUUCCCAAACUAGAGAGGUUACCACGAUGCGAUUCAUAAUAGAAGAUAGUAUUGAGAAGUAUGUGCUAGACGUUCAGGAAGAGGGACCUUAUACACGCACUGUUAUCGCACAGCAAAGCUUCGCGGGAAAUCUCUCAGCAGCGGCUUAG